ACGAGCACAACAACAACAACGAUGGCUGGCGAUGGGGAGGUGCCGAGCUUGGACGAGCUCAUGACGGGCUCACGGAGCAGCAACCCGGUGUACUUCAACUGGCUCAGCUUCUGCAAGGAGGAUGGUGGGGACAAGGCCAAGGCCGCGAUGGAGGGCCACUUGACGUCGUUUGGUGUGGUGAGCGCCCUGCUGGGCGCCUUCUUCAUUGCUGGCUUGCAGGCACCACCUGUGCGCGAAGGUGAACCGUUUGACCACGCCCACUGGGAGGAGCAGCUCUACGCACACGCCGCGGGCAUCUCCUUCCUGCUCAACAUCUUCUGCGUCACGCUUGUUGUGAUCCUUUACGCAUACGCCAGCCUCUACACGGCUGAGGAGUUUGGGCUGUAUUUAUACCACUAUGCCUUGGUCUCUGCGACGCUGCCGCCAGUGUUGACGGCCGUCUCCACUGUCGUGGGCAUGUUCGCUGUGGUUCUUCGCGUGCGGACCGUGUACGGGUCGCCCGCAUGGAUCGUCAUUGCCUCCAUCGCAGGGCUGGGGACCGUCCUGCUGCUGUGGCUCAUGGCGAAAAUGGACAUUGCAACCACCAAGCUGCGGCGCGCCCGCAACAACCGUCCCCGUGCAGACGCUGCACAACAAGCAUCGUCGAAGACAACCAACAUGUGAUGCUGAGCCUUUGUGUUUGGUGUGAGGGAGGGGAAGGUGUGUGUGUGUGUGUGUGUGUGUGUGUGUGUG